GAAGAUUUUGCUACCAAGUUCCAUGGGUUUUCCACUCCAUCAAAUUUUCCAUCUAUUCAUGCUUCCCAUCUGGGCACAAGGAGCAGAUUCUCCACAAAGGAUAAAGCAUAAAAAUAAUGAGACAGCUGUUUUGGGAGAAAAUGUGACUAUUUUCUGCAAUUUAACAACUCUAGCAGAUGUUGUGCAAAUUACCUGGCAGAAGAUUCAAGAUUCUUUGCCACAAAAUAUCGCCACUUACAGCAACAAAAACGGAGAGAGGAUUCUUCCGCCUUACGUAGACAGGCUGCAUUGCAAGAGCAUUGAACCCAACUCCUCAUUCAUAACAAUUCGUGAAGUGACGUUUGAAGAUGAAGCCUGCUACAAAUGUUUAUUUAAUGUUUUUCCAUAUGGCAGCCAUGGAGGACAAAUCUGUCUCAACAUCUUAACUGUGUCUGAAUUAAGAACUGAACUCCAACUCGAGCCUGAUCCUGAAGGUUUUCUUCACCUGACUUACUCAGCUGUGGGAAAACCUGCUCCUCGAAUGUCUCUUUUCCCAUCACAAAUCCUCAUUCAUCCACCAGAGGAGAGGCUUGUGCAGAACGCCAAUGGCUUGGUCACUGUGACCAAAAUGUGCCUCAUCUCCUUGGAGACCGUCAAGUCCCUAGGACUCCAGCACCUGAUUGUGCACAUGGAUCAUCCUCUAAAGAAGGAAGAAAUUAUUAUUCCUCUAGCAACAGAGCAAGAUUAUAAACCUUGUUAUUAUUUUUGUUUGCCUCUACUCGUUCCUUCAUGUGCUGUACUUACUGGCAUGAUCAUUUUCUACAUUGUUCAAAGAAAGAAACAGGAAUGCGCCAUUCAGGACAGGCAGCACAAGGAGAAAACCUACGCGCCCGUCGGCGGAGUGAAUGAAUAAGGAAUAUAUACAUACCGGAAUACUGCU